CAUGAAGAUCACAAUUUUCGCCACUGUCGCCUUGACCGCCGUCGUUGGUAUGGCAUUUGCCGACGAAAUGUUCAAUAACUGGAACAACAAUAACGGAUGGGACAAUGACGACGGAUUCGGUGGUGCUUCGUUCGGAGGUAUCAGCCAGAUCAGUGGCGGAGGAUUCGGACAGCAAGUAGGAUACGGUUCUGGAUACGGCUCAGGAUACGGAUACGCUUCAGGCUAUGGAUCCGGAUACGGCAAAAGUUUGGGAUACGGCAAAGGAUACGGUGUAGCACAAGCUUCUUACAUUCCAGUUCCAGCUAUGCCCAAGACCGGAGGCUCUGGCAACUCUUUCUUGUCCAUCUUUGCUUUGUUGUUCCUUCUCCCACUCCUGUUCAACAGAUCUUCCAGCCAGGACCAGAUUAUCCUCCUCAACUCAACACUCGAGGGUUAAAAAGUCUAUAUUUU